AUGAAAAAUAACGAAUUACUUAAUUACUUAAAAAAUAAGGAUGUUAAAUUACGAAAUUAUCAAUUUGAUGUAUUAAAAAAAAAGCAAUAUCAAUAUACCUCAGAUUUUGAUUAUCGUCGUCGUCCAAAUCAUUUCAUUAUUAAUAGUAUUAAAAGAUUACGACCAUUUAAAUCUGUUCGUAUUGUGACAGAAUUAUUUGAUCGACAAAUAAAACAACCAUCACGAGCAAUGAAUAAUUCGAAAUUGUUACGCUCACGUGAACGGUUACAGAAUACGGUAGGACAAACCUAUCCUCGAUCAAGAUUUUCCUCUUCCUAUGCCAGAAAUGUUAGCAUUCAUUUUUGUUGA